AUGGUGAGGCCCCCCCGCCCCACCGGAUGGAUGUACAAGUCCAUUGGCUUCGGCAAGUUCAAUAUUGGCUGGUAUGCCUCGCCCAAGUUUCAGCUGGGGAUGGUCGCCUUCGUCUGCUUCCUGUGUCCAGGAAUGUUCAACGCGCUUAGUGGGCUCGGUGGUGGUGGAAAAGCAGAUGCAACUUUGGCUGAUGACAUGAACACUGCUCUCUACUCCACUUUCGCCGUCGUCGGUUUCUUCGCUGGUACCUUUGUCAAUCGUAUGGGUGUGCGCUUGGCCCUCUCCUUUGGUGGCGUUGGCUACUGCAUCUAUUCAAUCAGUCUUCUCGUUUCCGAACACGCCUAUGUGCCUGGCUUUAAUAUCUUUGCUGGUGCUUUGCUGGGUGUUUGCGCCGGUCUUCUCUGGGCUGCUCAGGGCACCAUCAUGAUGUCCUACCCUGGCGAGCAGCGCAAGGGUCGGUACUUUGCUUGGUUCUGGGCAAUCUUCAAUGUCGGUGCUUGUAUCGGUAGUUUGAUUCCCCUCGGUCAGAACAUCAACGUCAAGACCAACAAGACCGUCGGCGACGGUACUUACAUCGCCUUUAUCAUCCUUAUGUUCAUCGGCGCUUGCGUUGCUCUCUUCCUCUGCGACGCCGACAAGAUUGUUCGCCCCGAUGGAUCGCGUGUCAUCCUCAUGAAGAAUCCGAGCUGGUGGACCGAGAUUAGAGGUCUAUGGGAGACCAUUUCCUCGGAGCCCUGGAUCGUUUUGCUCUUCCCCAUGUUCUGGUCGUCUAACUGGUUCUACAUCUACCAGCAGAACGGGAUUAACGGUGCUUACUUCGAUACUCGCACCAAGUCCUUGAACGGUUUCCUCUAUUGGUUUGCGCAGAUUGUCGCCGCCGUCAUUGUCGGCCCCCUCCUCGAUAUUGAGCGCUUCCGCCGUACCACUCGUGCUCGCGCUGCUCUUAUCUCCCUUUUCGUUCUCACCGUCGUUAUUUGGGGUUCCGGUUACGCUUGGCAGAAGCGAUACACUCGCGAGUCAGUUGGAAAGGAUGCAAUUGACGCGGGUCUCUUCACUGCCUGGGACUGGACUACUCCCGGAUACGUUGGACCCAUGUUCCUCUAUUUCUUCUAUGGAAUGUACGAUGCGGUCUGGCAAGGCAUUGUCUACUGGUUGAUGGGUUCUCUUGGCAACUCUGGCCGCAAGCUCGCUAAUUUAGCCGGUUUCUACAAGGGUCUGCAGUCGGCUGGCUCUGCCGUUAUGUGGUCCCUUGACCGACACGAGCUGUCCUUCAUGAACGAGUACGCCUCAAACUUUGGUCUUCUCUGCGGCUCCAUCCUCGUCGCUGCGCCCGUCGUCUUCCUUAAGAUUCGCGACACUAUCACAGUCGAGGAGGAAAUCGAGGGUACCGAUGAGACCCUGGAAGACGUCCUCCCGCCCGGUACUGUUGAACAAAAGCGCAUGGGCGGAGCCCAUAUCUGA